GUUUUGUCCGAUUCCUUGAGGGUUAUUACAUCGUCUUGAUCACAAAGCGGAGGAAGAUGGCCGACAUUGGUGGUCACUCCAUAUACAAGAUAGAGGAUACCAACAUGAUCUACAUCCCCAAUGAUUCAGUGAGGGUGACGCAUCCUGACGAGGCCAGGUACAGUACGUUGACAGUUAUACACCCCACUGGAGAUUUUCUCUCAAUUCAUACACACUCACACACACACACACAGUGUGACGGCUUCACUGACCCACUAACCAAGUUUGAUCAGCUAAGGGUCACUCAGUAUAUGGGUCUAUAUAACCUGCCGUGCACAGCAAAUGAAUAUGGCAUUUUCUAGUCUCACCUUUUAAUUGAGAUGAGAAGGUAACAUGUAUGAUGUUAUAUCUCAAAGACUAGGACUGUUUACUAUGUGACCUGACAACUCCGGUGAUGUGACUGUGGUGAUGCGACAGGAAAAACUCCUGCCACUAGUAUUAGGGGUUCUGACUAUGUGGAAUACAGCUAUGACCGGAAGUGACUUUUUCAAAGCAGGUUAGGAGAACUUAAGCAGCCGGUCAGAAGAAUUAACGUGACAGGUUAGGAGAAUUAGGUUAACGUUAGGAAAGGGUUAGGGUUAGCUAAAAUGCUCUCCUAACCUGCUACGAAAAGUCAGUUCCGGUCGUAGCUGUACUCCAUCUAGUCACAACCUGUAUUAUGUAAUUGAUGCAGGUAAUAACCAUAAGAGAUUGGGACUGUUUAUUUCUCCUCUUGUAGAUACGUAAGGAUCUUUCAGAAUGUGGACCUGUCCAGUAAUUUCUACUUUAGGUAAGCGUGUGUGUGAGAUCUUUAAAAAUCCCACUCCUCCUCAUCUCUCUUCUGUUGUUUGUCAAGCCAAUGCUCUUGUUUGUCACACGUCUUUGUGGUCACGAGGCUCAGGUGUUUGGUGCAGUAUUGAACCUGUCAGACAAACUCUAUUCACAGUUCUUCACUUUUUUUGUCUGCACUUCUCUGAUGUCUGCGCUUCUGUCAUUACAAAUUACAGGCCUCUCUCAUCUUUUUAAGUGGGAGAACUUGCACAAUUGGUGGCUGACUAAAUACUUUUUUUCCCCACUGUACCAUCUAAAGCCCACUGUAGCAGUAGCUGUACUUUAGGUUAACCUGUACUGAAAGGGUCUGUAUUGACAUAGUGUAGUCACGACUCGCUCCACAGAUUACCUUCUAUUAGUUCUCACUCAGACUUGUUGUCAAGCUGGUCAUUUUUCUCCCUAGCGACAGGGGAAGAUUCAUUUUGGACCCUACCUUUUUUAUAUCCUCAAGGAAAAAAAUAUUAUAUAUCGUCAAGAAAAAAACGAUUGUCAUUAAAGAUAUAAAAAUAUACAGUGGGGAAAAAAGUAUUUAGUCAGCCACCAAUUGUGCAAGUUCUCCCACUUAAAAAGAUGAGAGGCCUGUAAUUUUCAUCAUAGGUACACGUCAACUAUGACAGACAAAUUGAGAUUUUUUUUCUCCAGAAAAUCACAUUGUAGGAUUUUUUUAUGAAUCUAUUUGCAAAUUAUGGUGGAAAAUAAGUAUUUGGUCACCUACAAACAAGCAUGAUUUCUGGCUCUCACAGACCUGUAACUUCUUCUUUAAGAGGCUCCUCUGUCCUCCACUCGUUACCUGUAUUAAUGGCACCUGUUUGAACUUGUUAUCAGUAUAAAAGACACCUGUCCACAACCUCAAACAGUCACACUCCAAACUCCACUAUGGCCAAGACCAAAGAGCUGUCAAAGGACACCAGAAACAAAAUUGUAGACCUGCACCAGGCUGGGAAGACUGAAUCUGCAAUAGGUAAGCAGCUUGGUUUGAAGAAAUCAACUGUGGGAGCAAUUAUUAGGAAAUGGAAGACAUACAAGACCACUGAUAAUCUCCCUCGAUCUGGGGCUCCACGCAAGAUCUCACCCCGUGGGGUCAAAAUGAUCACAAGAACGGUGAGCAAAAAUCCCAGAACCACACGGGGGGACCUAGUGAAUGACCUGCAGAGAGCUGGGACCAAAGUAACAAAGCCUACCAUCAGUAACACACUACGCCGCCAGGGACUCAAACCCUGCAGUGCCAGACGUGUCCCCCUGCUUAAGCCAGUACAUGUCCAGGCCCGUCUGAAGUUUGCUAGAGUGCAUUUGGAUGAUCCAGAAGAGGAUUGGGAGAAUGUCAUAUGGUCAGAUGAAACCAAAAUAUAACUUUUUGGUAAAAACUCAACUCGUCGUGUUUGGAGGACAAAGAAUGCUGAGUUGCAUCCAAAGAACACCAUACCUACUGUGAAGCAUGGGGGUGGAAACAUCAUGCUUUGGGGCUGUUUUUCUGCAAAGGGACCAGGACGACUGAUCCGUGUAAAGGAAAGAAUGAAUGGGGCCAUGUAUCGUGAGAUUUUGAGUGAAAACCUCCUUCCAUCAGCAAGGGCAUUGAAGAUGAAACGUGGCUGGAUCUUUCAGCAUGACAAUGAUCCCAAACACACCGCCCGGGUAAUGAAGGAGUGGCUUCGUAAGAAGCAUUUCAAGGUCCUGGAGUGGCCUAGCCAGUCUCCAGAUCUCAACCCCAUAGAAAAUCUUUGGAGGGAGUUGAAAGUCCGUGUUGCCCAGCGACAGCCCCAAAACAUCACUGCUCUAGAGGAGAUCUGCAUGGAGGAAUGGGCCAAAGUACCAGCAACAGUGUGUGAAAACCUUGUGAAGACUUACAGAAAACGUUUGACCUGUGUCAUUGCCAACAAAGGGUAUAUAAUAAAGUAUUGAGAAACUUUUGUUAUUGACCAAAUACUUAUUUUCCACCAUCAUUUGCAAAUAAAUUCAUAAAAGAUCCUACAAUGUGAUUUUCUGGAUUUUUUUCUCUCAAUUUGUCUGUCAUAGUUGACGUGUACCUAUGAUGAAAAUUACAGGCCUCUCUCAUCUUUUUAUGUGGGAGAACUUGCACAAUUGGUGGCUGACUAAAUACUUUUUUUCCCCCACUGUGUGUGCUGUCAGGUGUAAAUACAUUCGUUUUUUCUGUCAUUCAUCUAUCUAUCAUUUUUCUUUCUGCGCAUCACUCCAUUCAUCCAUCUCAUUGAUUUCCUAUUCUGAUUAUCGAAGUGUUGUUCUUCUUGAAAUCCUUGUUGACUUUUUUACCUAUGAACUUUGACCCCCCAGCUACAGCUAUGACCUGAGCCACUCCCUGCAAUACAACCUGACGCUGCUGCAAAGGCCGUGUGACCCGGGCACCGUGGAGGAGGUGCACACACGGAGCAGCAGACAGCAGGACAGCUUCGACAUCUUCGAGGACGAGGGCCUGCCCACACAAGGUCAGACAGCUCCUGCCCUCUCACCCUCUCCCUAAACUCCAGUUCCAGUUUUUACAGUUUCAAAACAUGUGAAUACACUGUAUUGAACACAUUUGUUUUCAUUUGUUAUCACAAAAAAAGGAAUGGUAUGUUACACUUUGUUUCUUGAUCUUAUAACCGUUAAGUCAGUCAGUGGUCCCAAAAGGAAAAAGAUCCUCACAACUCAAGCCAAUCAUAAAGCCAUUAACCGGCUAAAUACAAGGUUGAUCAGGACAUCACUACUAGCCCUAAACUGAAGUCUUUACUCAGCUGAUCUAUCUCUACUCAAUACCGUUUCCAUGUUCUAAUCUACUGUAUCGGUGGUAAACCAUCCACUUGGCUUUGAUCCUGUCCAUGUAAGCUGUUCUGUGGUGUUUUGUGUCCCUCUGUAACGGUUCCGCUGCAGUGUUCCACGGCCUCCAGAGUGAACCGUACGCCAAGUACGUAUGGAACGGAAAGCUCCUGGAGCGCGUCAAGGACAUGGUGCAUCCUGAUUGGCUCAUGUACAUCAUCCAUGGCUUCUGUGGCCAGUCCAGUAUCCUUUUCCUCCUGCAUGGUUACGACCUGGAAAGUAGAGUGUUCUAUUUAGUAGUAGCGUGAGAGGUGUUGCAAAUGUGCAUGUGUGCUUGUGUCAGUGACUUGGUGCCUUUGCAAUGUUCCAGAUGUUGGUAUCCACUAGGGCUGACCCCAUUUAAUCGACUGGUCUAUUGUUUGGUCGAUAGGCUGUUGGUCGACCGAGAAUCUUUUUAGCCGAGCAUUCGCACAUUUCGUUUUUUUUAUGGCACACGAGACACCUGUCUGAUUCACACCUGUCUCAGUGGACUAAUCCAUUGCGGAGACUGCGGGGAUGGCAUACCACUAUCACCAUUAGUACAUUUUACCGUUAAUUCCCAUAAUUUCUAAUCUACAAUGGUAAAUUGUUAAUGCAUUCAGUAUAUUAUUAUUAUUACAGUUUUUUACCGUUCUCAUUGUCGGAGUGGACACGUUGUUUGCGGACCGCACAACCUAGGCUAAACUUGUGAGGAACACAUUUUGGUUUAUUUCACUCCAUUUAUGAGUUGUCGAUUUAUUCAUUGUCUUUUGUUUGUAGUGCUCCUGUCAAUGUUGAGUAAGGACGCGCACCUGAUUAUACAUAGAAGUAGGUCUAGGCCACCUGGCCCGCGUGCAAAUGUAGGCCUAUAAAUGUGCCCAUUUAGUAUUUCUGAUUGUCAUAACUUACCACCACUGUGGCGCUUCUCAAAAUACAUUUUUCUUCACCUCAAACUGCAAGUAAACAAAGUCUGUUUUUACAUCCAUUGAGAAUGACAAUAGUUCCUCAACGUAGCCUAUUUUAAAAAUCAUUAGAGCCCUCUUUCAAUAUCCACGUGAAAGGGGAAAGAAAUGUAAGCUCUGAUCUGGUGGAAACGUAAAAUAGGUCUAACUACUUUUUAUCCCAUGUGCAAAUUGCCUACAGUUAUGUCUGUCCGGAGCUCACUGGUGCAGGAAACUCUGAGGGCCCAGAAUAUUUUAUACAAUGUUGCAGCUUCAGGCCAGACCCAAGUUAAUAGUUGAUACAAUGCUUCAAAUUCCUUGCAGACAGGCCAUGCGUAGCCAAUGUGAUUUAUAGGAUAUUUGUUUUUAUCAGGAUAUUUUUUACCGGCAGGCUGCAAUGUUUUUAUUUGUUGGCUUUAUGGAGGCUAUUUUUACAUAGUUUGCAAUAGAAGUUACUUUUAGAAUUUUGAUUAACCAUAUAAUGAUUUUGAGAUACGAAGACUUUAUUAUAAAUGAAAUAACUGUUCCAUAAAAAAUGUACAAAUGAAAAUCAUAACUGGCACAGAGAUGGGUAGAAACUCCAAAUGGAAAAGGUUGACAACUCCUGGUGUAGCCUAUUACCUACCUGCAACUUCAGGAGCUUAAUGGCAGAAUCUGCGAAGGCCAGCAUCAGAUGGAGGGUCGGGAACAGGUUUUUUCUUCUUCUGGUUACGCUAUCUUGAUCUCUGGCUCCCUCUUGAGUCAUUUGUGUGUCUUAAUUAUUUAAUCACAGUGUGCUUAAAGCAUCAGGCAAGCUCAGUACCCUACAUACAGUGCCUUCAGAAAGUAAUCGGACCUCUUGACUUUUUCCACAUUUUGUUGCGUUACAGCCUUAUUCUAAAAUGGAUUAAAGAAAACAUUUGUCUAUAUAUAUAUAUAUAUAUAUAUAUAUAUAUAUAUAUAUAUAAGGUCCCACAUUUGACAGUGCAUGUCAGAGGAAAAACCAAGCCAUGAGGUCAAAGGAAUUGUCCGUAGAGCUCUGAGACAGGAUUGUGUCGAGGCACAGAUCUGGGGAAGGGUACCAAAACAUUUCUGCAGCAUUGAAGUCCCUAAGAACACAGUGGCCUCCAUCAUUCUUAAAUGGAAGAAGUUUUGAACCCACCCAGACUCUUCCUAGAGCUGGCCGCCCGGCCAAACCGAGCAAUCGGGGGAGAAGGGCCUUGGUCAGGGAGGUGACCAAGAACCCGAUGGUCACUCUGACAAAGCUCAAGAGUUCCUCUGUGGAGAUUGGAAAACCUUCCAGAAGGACAACCAUCUCUGGAGCUCUCCACCAAUCAGGCCUUUAUGGUAGAGUGGACAGACGGAAGCCACUCCACAGUAAAGGGCACAUGACAGCCCGCUUGGUGUUUGCCAAAAGGCACCUAAAGGACUCUCAGACCAUGAGAAACAAGGUUCUCUGGUCUGAUGAAACCAAGAUUGAAGUAUUUUGCCUGAAUGCCAAGCGUCACGUCUGGAGAAACCUGGCACCAUCCCUAUGGUGAAGCAUGGUGGUGGCAGCAUCAUGCUGUGGGGAUGUUUUACAGCGGCAGGGACUGGGAGACUAGUCAGGAUCGAGGGAAAGAUGAAUGGAGCAAAGUACAGAGAGAUCCUUGAUGAAAACCUGCUCCAGAGCACUCAGUACCUCAUACUGGGGCGAAGGUUCACCUUCCAACAAGACAACGACCCUAAGCACACAGCAAAGACAACACAGGAGUGGCUUCGGAACAAGUCUCUGAAUGUCCUUGAAUGGCCCAGCCAGAGCCCGGACUUGAACCCGAUUGAACAUCUCUGGAAAGACCUGAAAAUAGCUGUGCGGCAACACUCCCCAUCCAACCUGACAGAGCUUGAGAGGAUCUGCAGAGAAGAAUGGGUUAAACUCUCCAAGUACAGGUGUGCCGAGCUUGUAGCGUCAUACCCAAGAAGACUCGAGGCUGUAAUCGCUGCCAAAGGUGCUUCAACAAAGUACUGAAUAAAUGGUCUGAAUAUUUAUGUAAAUAUAAUAUUUCUGUUUUUUUCUUUUAAAAUAAAUGUGCAAAUAUUCAGAAAAAACUGUUUUUGGUUUGGCCUUAUGGGGUAUUGUGUGUAGAUUGAUGAGGGGAAAAAAACAAUUUAAUCAAUUUUAGAAUAAGGCUGUAAUGUAACAAUGUGGAACAAGUAAAGGAGUCUGAAUACUUUCCGAAUGCACUGUAUAGUUGAUUUUAUUAAAACACAUAGUGUGUGUCUAUAUAGGGAAAAAUACAAGUUUCAAAAUGUACACGUUUUAUAAUUUCAACCAAGAUUUGUUUUAGUCGGGGACAGCCCUAGUAUCCACUUAGUGUGGCAUUUUAGUUCUAUACCUUUAGAAUCCACUGAAGCUGACUUAGUUUACCUGACAAUACUUAAAUUGUUAUUCCCUGAGAUUCUGAAGCACCUUUUUAUUGUGUCUCCCCAAUGAUACCUGCAGCCAUCUGCCCUCCCUCCCUUCCUACCUCCUACCGCCCUCCACAUCUUUCUGUCUGUCUGUCUUUUGACAUGUAUCCUUUAGAAGACAGAACUUUAUUCCUCUUGUGUUCUUUCCCUCGGCUCGCCUCCUUCACUCCCCAUCGUCUGUCUGGCAUGCUGCUCACUGGAAAGUGAAUGCCUACCUCUUGUUCCACAACACAUGGAAUACCAUUUUUGUUUAUUUUGUUUGGGGGGCACGUGGAAUACCUAAUGAGCCAGAUGCUCGCCAGUCUGCUAAGCUGCAUUAAGCGAUUUGUGUUUAUAUUAUGGUCUAUGUAAAAAUAAUAAGAUGGAAAUUUAAGAAAUGCUUAUCAGGUAUGAAAACAGUGGAGCGUUUGCAUGCUUUGCCCAUCUGGUAUAUGAGGUGGAGGAGAAAAAAUAGAUUAGAUUAGCUAGACAGUUUUAGCUAGACAGUUUCUUUCUGUUUAGACUAGGAAGGCACAGCUAGUGUUUCCACUAAGCCAAAGAAAAACACACUUGAAACAAAAUGUAUGCCUAGAUUGGUUAUAUUGAUGCAUGGUUUGGUUAUAUUAAUGCAUAUUUGAGUGUGGACGCUUGGAGCUUGGGUAGAAGUGCUGGAGAAUAACUAAAUCUGAUUAAUUGUGUCCCUCAUUUUGAGAGCCUAGUUUAACAAUCUGUCAAUGCAGAUCUUAUAAGCAGACAUUAAGACAUUACAACCAUUCAUUGCACUACUUAGCCGUGAGAGGUUUUAGCUAAUGACUCUUCUGCUUGACUGAAGUUGUUCUUGGCUUUUUACACUACCGUUCAAAAGUUUGGGGUCACUUAGAAAUGUCCUUGUUUUCCAUGAAAACAUGCAUGAAAUGAGUUUGAAUAGGAAAUAUAGCAAAAUGCAUAGGAAAUGUAGUCAUUGACAAGGUUAGAAAUAAUUAUUUUUAAUAUAAAUAAUAAUUGUGUCCUUCAAACUUUGCUUUCGUCAAAUAAUCCUCCAUUUGCAGCUAUUACAGCCUUGCAGACCUUUGGCAUUCUAGUUGUCAAUUUGUUGAGGUAAUCUGAAGAGAUUUCACCCCAUGCUUCCUGAAGCACCUCCCACAAGUUGGAUUGGCUUGAUGGGCACUUCUUACAUACCAUACGGUCAAGCUGCUCCCACAACAGCUCAAUAGGAUUGAGAUCCGGUGACUGUGCUGGCCACUCCAUUAUAGACAGAAUACCAGCUGACUGCUUCUUCCCUAAAUAGGUCUUGCAUAGUUUGGAGUUGUGCUUUGGGUCAUUGUCCUGUUGUAGGAGGAAAUUGGCUCCAAUCAAGUGCCAUCCACAGGGUAUUGCAUGGCAUUGCAAAAUGGAGUGAUAGCCUUCCUUCUUCAAGAUCCCUUUUUACCCUGUACAAAUCUCCCACUUUACCACCACCAAAGCACCCCCAGACAAUCACAUUGCCUCCACCAGCAUCUUUUCAUUUGGUCUGCGUCUCACAAAUGUUCUUUGUGAUCCGAACACCUCAAACGUCGAUUCGUCUGUCCAUAACACUUUUUCCCAAUCUUCCUCUGUCCGGUGUCUGUGUUCUUUUGCCCAUCUUUUAUUUUUAUUGGCCAGUCUGAGAUAUGGCUUUUUCUUUGCAACUCUGCCUAGAAGGUCAGCAUCCCGGAGUCGCCUCUUCACUGUUGACAUUAGACUGGGGUUUUGCGGGUACUAUUUAAUGAAGCUGCCAGUUGAGGACCUGUGAGGCAUCUGUUUCUCAAACUAGACACUCUAAUGUAUUUGUCCUCUUGCUCAGUUGUGCACCGGGGCCUCCCACUCCUCUUUCUAUUCUGGUUAGAGCCAGUUUGCGCUGUUCUGUGAAGGGAGUAGUACACAGAUCUUCAGUUUCUUGGCAAUUUCUCGCAUGGAAUAGCCUUAAUUUCUCAGAACAAGAAUAGACUGACGAGUUUCAGAAGUUCUUUGUUUCUGGCCAUUUUGAGCCUGUAAUCGAACCCACAAUUGCUGAUGCUCCAGAUACUUAACUAGUCUCAAGAAGGCCAGUUUUAUUGCUUUAAUCAGCAUAACAGUUUUCAGCUGUGCUAACAUAAUUGUAAAAUGGUUUUCUAAUGAUCAAUUAGCCUUUUAAAAUGAUAAACUUGGAUUAGCAAACACAACGUGCCAUUGGAACACAGGACUGAUGGUUGCUAAUAAUGGGCCUCUGUACGCCUAUGUAGAUAUUCCAUAAAAAAUCUGCCGUUUCCAGUUUCCAGCUACAAUAGCCAUUUACAACAUUAACAAUGUCUACACUGUAUUUCUGAUCAAUUUGAUGUUAUUUCAAUGGACAAAAAAAUUGCUUUUCUUUCGAAAACAAGGACAUUUCUAAGUGACCCCAAACUUUUGAACGGUAGUGCAUAUGCAAGUAAUAAUGAAUCACCUCCUCCACAGUCAUGAGAUGAAUAAGUGAACUCCCCAGUAUCCCAGUGAUGGAGGGAUGAAAGAGGAAAUGGAUAGUAUAAAAAAAAAUAGUCCAGUCUGAACUUAAACAACUAAAACUAUGUAGAAAGUGUGUGGAAAUGAUAACGAACCUACAUUUUUAAGAAUUGUAAUCUCUGAACCUAUUUUUUACUUCAAUCACAGUAUUUUUUUAUAUAGAGCUAUUAGCAGCGCUAUUUAGCGGAUUUGGUUGAUUUUUGUGGUCUUAAACCAGUCAGCUUAUUAACAUUCUUCAUGAAGAAUAUGGGCAAAAUGUAAUUAUUGACAAUGGAAAAUGGUGGGAAUGUUGUUCCCUUAUCAUGUAAUUGCUACAUUUACUAUCAAUAUAGCAUUCAAAAUAGUUUUCCAGAGUGUAUUUUUGCAACAAACAAACAAAUGUGAUGCUAAUAUUAGGUCGCGACUGAGACAACCUGGUUGUCCCGAUACAAAACCCGUUGAGAACCACUGGUUUACAUCAAACAUUGCUGAAUAGCACAAGGGGUAAUUGUCUGUGUGUGUCACCAGGUUUGCUGGUUAGAUGGGCAGUGGGGGACACAUUGCGGACGCUGGGUUUAGACGACAUUUCCUGGAAGCCAUCCUUCUCUCAUGGUUCUUUUCCCAGAGAAACCCAGGCAGAAUAAUUGAUAGAAGGAAACGGGGAGGAGGGGAGGGGUAAAGAAAGGUAGAGACCCAGAGAUGGAGGAAGUGAUGAAGGAGGUAAAGAGGAAAACGGAGAGGUAAGAGAGGGACUUAGUAAAUUAGUGCGAGAGAGCUGGAGGGUAGAGCGACGAGAACAGUCAUUUCCCCCCCUAUUUUGAAUUGGACAUAUAAAGGUAUACACUUUACAAUUCUUGACAUGAGUACAAAUAACAAAUUAAAAACAAGCAAACUAACCAAAGGAACACACAAAAAAACAUACAAUAUGAAAAUAAAAUUACAACAGAUCACAACACACUAUACCCUCCCCCUGUUGGCCCAAGCUCUGAAUCUUGCUCAAUAGAGUGUAAUUUGUCAAAAAAGGAAAUUAAAGGCUGCCAUCUCAGAAAAAGGUUAUCAGUACAUGCACUCAGUGUUUUAAAUUUUUUCUAAAUUAAGAAAAGACAAGAACUCAGUGGGUGGUUUGGGAGAUUUCCAAUUAAGUAAAAUCUGUUGGCGGGCUACGAGUGAAGCAAAUGUUACAACAUCUGCUUUACUUUUGGUGAGAAUGGACAGCACAGAUGGAACUCCAAAAAUAGCUAUCAAAGUACAAAGCUGCAGGUUAAUAUCAAGAUGUUUAGAGAGAGUAGUUAAAAAGGAAGACCAAUACUCCGAGAGCUUAGAGCCUGAGAAAACGUGACUAUGAUCAGCGGGAGACAUUGAGCAUCUGUCAUGUGUAAUUUGUCUCUGGUGAAAAAUGAAUAGUUUUUUGCCAUGAUGUAAUGAAUUUUGUGCAACACUUUGAUCUGAUUUCAAUUUAACCGAGCACAGGAAGAUGUGGCAUUAACCCUAAUAAGGGCCUCCUCCCACCAGUCAUCUGUCAGGUCAAGUUCUCUUCGCCAGUCAGUCUUUAGUUUGAUGAUGGGAGAGGUUUUCAGAGGAGAGCAUAACGUCAUCAUAUGAGACCUCCCCAAAUCUGCGCGAGCGACAGGAUCCCUUCUAAUAGCGUGUUAGGAGGUGAUUAAGGAAAGGUAGGAAAGUGAGAACUAACAAAAUUACGAGCUUGGAAAUAGGAGAAAAGAUUGAGGCAGAUUACAUUUAGCUACAAGAUCAUAAAAACUGGCAAAGGUCCCAUCUAAAAAAUAAAUAGUUGAAACAUACCAAACCUCUCUCCCGCCACAAAACAGAAGCCUGGUCAAGAUUGGAGGGUAGAAAUGGAUGAUUGUUACAAAUAGGGCCUAGAAGAGAAGGGGCAGAAAGUCUAAAAUGCUGACAAAAUUGUUUCCAGAUCUUCAAAGUAGAAAGCACAAUAGGAUUUGUAGUGUACUCUGAAGGACACAUGGAUAGUGGGGCACAGAUUAGAGCAGAAAGAGGGGUGAUUGGAAAGAAUGCGCUUCUGUUGAGCACCAGUUGGUACUUGGAGAAUUACGCCAGACCAAAAUCUUCAGAAUAUUAGCUGCCCAGUAGUAAAACAGUAAUUUGGGAAGGACCAAACCACAUCUUGUCUCCCUCUUUGAAGUAUCUCUCUAUGUAUCCUAGGUGUUUUGCCUGCCCAGUCAAUUCCAAUUCGAGAAUUUACUAAUUGUUAUUUGAAACCAAUGACACUUUGCUGUAUUAUGUUACGUCUGUGUGUGUGUCCCACCUUAACCUCUGUGUGAAGAGCUCCUGAUCUACGGUCGUCCGGUUCAUGUCACCCUCAUCGCCAGGCGCUCCAGUAAAUUCGCUGGCACCCGCUUCCUCAAGAGAGGAGCCAACUGCGAGGUACCCGCCCGCCUCAUCUCGUCGCCACGACAACAGGGCAAAGUCACCCCCGGUGUUAUAUAAUAGCAGCAGGGCACAAAGGGGGGGAGAGCGACAGGAGUUUUGUUAUGUGGUGGGGGUGAGGUUAAUGUAACCUCCGUGUCUCUGCAUCUCCUUUGUUUGUGUGUGUGUCGUUUGGUGGUAAAGGGGUUCAGCAUGCUGUGUUUUUGAGGCCAAAUGAUGAAUCUAUUUUUCCCACCGUGCGGCUUAGUUUAGGCCAGGAUUGAAAUUCGUAAGGUUUGGAUGUGUGUGUGUUCUCAUUUGGGGAUGAGUUUCUGGUUCAGUAUAUGGUCCACUCCUGUCAAUUACAGGUCGAAACUGUUGAACAACGAAAAAAACAACUAUGGGGCCAUCUAAGAGUGUGUAGAUCCAUGUGGUUCUCUCUGUAUAUUAUCCCUCACCUGUUUUCAUCCGGUCCUCUGCAGGGUGACGUAGCCAAUGAGGUGGAGACUGAGCAGAUCAUCCAUGAUGCGUCGGUGAUGUCAUUCACAGCGGGGAGUUACUCUUCGUACGUUCAGGUCAGGGGUUCCGUUCCCCUCUAUUGGUCCCAGGACAUCUCCACCAUGAUGCCUAAACCACCUAUACGAUGUAAGAUAUUAUCAUCAUUAGAUACCAUGUACACUGUACAGUAUCAU